AUGGUUCCUUCAAUUCCCAUCACCGACGAAGCCGUUGCCGUUUCAAUCGACAGUCCUAAGCAAAAAUCAAUGAAGAAGAAGAAGGAAAAGCUUCAGAACGACGUCGUUUCGGAUCAGGAAACGGCGAAGAAGAGUUCGAAGAAAAGGAAGAAGAGUUCUGAUGAUGAUGAAGAAGUGAAGAAUGAAGCUGGCUCUGAAGUUAAGAAGGAGAAGAAGAAGAAAAAGGCGAAGGUGGAAGAUGAGGAUGUGGAAGAAGAAGUUGUUGUGAAGAAGGAUGAUCCGAAUGCGGUUUCAAAUUUUAGAAUUUCGGAACCGUUGAAGAUGAAGCUGAAAGAAAAGGGGAUCGAGGCUUUGUUCCCUAUUCAAGCUAUGACUUUUAAUACUAUUCUUGAUGGUUCUGAUUUGGUUGGUCGUGCUCGUACUGGUCAGGGAAAAACUCUGGCAUUUGUUUUGCCUAUAUUGGAGUCACUGACAAAUGGACUGGCAAAAUCGGUUAGAAAGACUGGCUAUGGGAGAGUUCCAAGUGUUCUUGUGCUCUUACCUACCAGGGAAUUGGCCAACCAGGUGUAUGCUGACUUUGAAGUGUAUGGUGGGUCAUUGGGAUUGGCUGCUUGCGCUGUAUAUGGUGGAGCUCCGUAUGGAGCCCAGGAGGCUAAGCUUCGUAGAGGCGUUGAUAUAGUUAUUGGAACACCAGGUCGUAUUAAGGAUCAUAUUGAGAGGGGAAAUAUUGACCUGAGUCACCUAAAGUUUCGUGUUCUUGAUGAGGCAGAUGAGAUGCUGAGGAUGGGUUUUGUUGAUGAUGUUGAACUUAUUCUAGGUAAGGUACAAGAUGUUACUAAAGUUCAGACACUUCUUUUCAGUGCUACUUUGCCAAGCUGGGUUCAACAAAUUUCUAAGAAAUUUCUUAAAAAAGACAAGGCAACUGCUGAUCUUGUUGGUAAUGAGAAAAUGAAGGCUAGCACCAAUGUUAGGCAUAUUAUCCUUCCUUGUAAUAGUACUGCCAGGGCUCAGGUUAUCCCUGAUAUUAUUCGCUGUUAUAGCAGUGGUGGCCGGACAAUUAUAUUUGCAGAGAAAAAGGAGUCUGCUUCUGAGCUUGCUGGAUUGUUGCCUGGAGCAAGAGCUCUCCAUGGUGACAUUCAGCAGUCACAGCGCGAGAUUACAUUGAAAGGUUUUAGGUCUGGGAAAUUCAUGACAUUGGUGGCCACCAAUGUAGCAGCCAGGGGUCUUGACAUCAAUGAUGUUCAGUUGAUUAUCCAGUGUGAACCUCCCCGAGAUGUAGAAGCAUAUAUACAUCGAUCUGGACGAACAGGAAGAGCUGGCAACACUGGAGUUGCUGUUAUGCUUUACGAUCCUAGAAGGUCAAAUAUAUCGAAAAUUGAAAGAGAAGCUGGUAUUAAAUUUGAACAUGUGUCUGCUCCUCAGCCUGAUGAAAUUGCCAAAGCUAUUGGUGGGGAAGCGGCUGAAUUGAUUUCUGACGUGUCUGAUAGUGUGAUUCCUUCAUUCAAAGCUGCUGCCGAGGAACUCUUGAACAACUCUGGUUUAUCAGCUGUUGAGUUACUUGCAAAAGCUCUUGCCAAGGCUGUUGGUUAUACUGAGGUAAAGAAAAGAUCACUGCUGACUUCGAUGGAGAAUUACGUUACACUACUUCUCGAGGGAGGAAAGCCUAUGUUCACCCCAUCCUUUGCAUUUGGAACCCUGAGGAGAUUCAUACCUGAGGAUAAGGUUGAUGGGGUGCAAGGUCUUGCUCUCACUGCAGAUGGACAGGGUGCUGUUUUUGACGUACCAGUCAAGGACUUAGAUGCAUUUCUUGCCGGUCAGAAGAAUGCUGUUAAUGUAAGCCUAAAGGUUGUAACAGAAUUGCCUGCUUUACAGCAAAGAGAGGAAGCAAGUAGGGGAAGAUUUGGUGAUCGUGGGUUUGCUAAUCGAAGAGGGUUUGGUAGGUUUGGUAGAGGACGAGGUGGUGGUGGCAGAGGUUUUGGUGGUGGCAGAGGGGGAGAUAGAUGGUAA